ACUCCCAUCAUCGUUAUCAAAAUUUCACUCACCUUUUACAAAAUAAGAAACAAAAUUAAACUUCACAUAGAGUUGGGAACUGGCACCAAUCACCGUAAUUGAACAUAGCAAGGACCAAAUAAUCAUCACAUGAAAUUAUAAACCAAAGGAUUUAAUAUAAACCCAUUGGUGUUCCUAGCACUUGAUGGACGGAAACACAUUAUCCUUGGAAGGGUCAGUUAAGCCAAAACAAACUAUAUCAAAACCCUAAAUAUCGCUUUCUAUGAGCCUUGGACAAAUACAUUCCAUUGCAGUGCCUUGGGCAGUUCCCAACACCCUUACCCUUACCCACUCAUUUCCCCAGAAUUGUCACAAUCGCCAAAUUCCAUGCCUCCCCUGUUCACCAUAUAUCAGCCAAACACCGCAGGACCAAAGGCACGAAAGAUCAAACCAGCUAGCAAAAUUGGCACCAAGGAGGAUGCAACGGCUGGCAAAAAUUGACCAAAAAGGCAGACCUUCAACAACGAGACAGGAUUCUAAUAGCAACACAUCCAACAAGCUCACCUCCUUUCCAACCCAACAACAUCGGAUGGCCAAGGAGUGGAAUAGAAACACAACCUAGCAUAACAGCAACAACGGAACAUGACUACACUGGGCAAAACCUACCCUGUGGCUGCUGUGAGUACCAACUCAGCAAAUCACCGAUAGAUAAACAAUAGUGGUGCUUUUUUUUGUUUCUUUUUCUUUUUCAGUACACAAAUCUAGCACUCCAAUGGGAAUACCAUAGCUGUGGCCACCUACUUGAAAGGUUGUUAAAAUUGUGUAUCAUCUGAACAAUCUCACUAAUUGGUGAUUAUGUAUAAUAUGGAAAGUAAACCAACAUCUUUUUU